AUGGAGGCUUCCUCACCACUCGCGGCUCUGCAUCGCCCGAUGCCCGCCCCCAGCUGGGGAGCUAGAGACAUCUUCCGCAGCCACCAUUCCUUCGUAGGCCCCGUGGCGUCGGCUGCCCUGAGCCUUCGUGAGCAGCUGCAGAGAGGCACCUCCGACUACUUUGGCUCCAACGACCUUCGUGGCUCCUCCCCUGCUGCCAGCUUGGCCGCUGACCUCUCCCAGAACUUUCGUCUCGAUAGCGAAGCCAGGUACGACAGCAAGCCCCGAGUACCAUGGAUAGUUUUUGUUACUGACAGCUCUACAGCCCUCACUUCCCGACUCCUCGCCGCGCUCUCUUUACUGCCAAUGUCAUGGGCGGCUUCGCAAAUCGAGGCAAGUCGCCUUCCUUUUUUUCAAUUGGACUUUGUACUGACUCUUGUAGACUAUGUCACGACCCCUCCGCUGCCCUCGUCCUCUCCGGCCGCGAUGACCGAAUACAUGGAGCUCUCCCCUCUCCCACACAAGACGCCCUUCUCCUUGCAAUCCGAGUCGUCUGCUUCUCCGACGCCUAAUGCCUUCUCGGGUGACGAGGACAUGAUGCUUGACUCUCCGGCUCCCAUCUCCCGCCCGUCGCUGGACUUUACCAAGCCACCGUCGUUUGCAGACCGUAGAAUUGCUGCUCCGCGCCGUCCGUCUCUGAGUCGCAUGAAGGGCCAGACGUUUGCCGGUGGCAGUUCCAGGUCUGACGCUGACGGCCAGCUUCCCCCGUUUCGCUUUGGUGGUGAUUCCUCUUCCCGCUCGAGCUCCAGUCUCUCUCUCGGAGAGUGCUUCCAGUCUGAGUCGCCUCCUCAGAGCUCUACGCCAACUUCGUCAAAUAGUCCUUGUGCCCCCAUCCCUCUUGGGCUGCGAUCCCGCCCUCAAUUCAUCUCUUCCAACAGCGGCAGCCCGCGCCUCGGGUCUCCCCGCCCCAUCACCCACAACAGACGGUCCUCGAACCCGUUCUUGCGAACCCGCAAGCAGAUGCGCCGCUCCCUGAGCAUGUUUGAGCGCGCCGAUGAUGUCAUCAACGCUAAGCCUCAGACUCACGAGCUGAUUCCGUCUUCACUCAAGUCUGUCAUGGAUAUCGAGGAAGCAUACGAAGCCGUUGUGCCUCAUUUUCUCUCGGACGACCCUACUGACACCAUACCGCGCAUAGACAAGGAAACCAUGCUGGACAUUCUUGACGGAAAGUACAAUGACAAAUUUGAUCACAAAAUGGUCAUUGACUGCCGCUUCGAGUAUGAGUAUGAUGGUGGCCACAUUGAGGGUGCUGUCAACCACAAUGACAAGGAGCUUCUCGCUUCUCAACUCUUCAAGACUCCCAUUGGCGGUAGAUCUCUACUUAUCUUUCACUGUGAAUACUCCGCUCACCGUGCUCCAUUGAUGGCUAGACAUGUUCGUGCCGAGGAUCGUACCGCCAACGCCGAAUUCUACCCUCGCUUGACGUACCCUGAGGUGUACAUUCUGGAUGGAGGCUAUAGCGGCUUCUUUUCUGCAUUCCGUGGUCGAUGCUUCCCUCCCGAGUAUGUGGAAAUGUCCGACGAGAAGCACCAGCGCACCUGUGAACGUGAAAUGGGCAGACUAAAGGCUCGCAAGGGUGGUUUCAGCCGCGCGCAGACUUUUGCUUUUGGUCAGAGAGAUCACUGCGUUGAUGACUCACCGACGGCACCCAGCCGACCACCAACGUCGCGACAGUUUCCAAUCAUGGGCAGCUUUUCUCCUAUUGAGCGAACACACACCCGUCGCAUGGCGUCGUACUAA